GCCUCUUCUGCUGGCAGGGAGCCUUCGUCAGAACUUGGAUCCAGAGGGCGAAGUUGGGAACGGAGACCAGGCUGCCUCAGAUGCUAUGCUGUGGGAGGCUUUACGGCUCGUCGGUCUGGAGACUCGUCUCAAGCGACGGCCGGAGGCCUCGGCCGCCUCGGCCUCACCGUCUUCCUGGGGUGCAUCGGGUCAUUCUUCAGUUUCCGAUGAAGAGAGAGAUCUUCCCGAUCAGCGGAGUCUUGGCUGGGAUGGAGCGACCAGGUCUUGGCUGGGAUGGAGCAACCAGGUCUUGGGCUGGGAUCUGUUGAAGCUACCUCCUGGAAACACAAAAAUGGAUGAGGUUUGCUUCGAAGACACUCGAGCUUCGCGCCCGAGGUGUUCAGGCCUCGAUGUGGAGCUUGACUUGGAUGUUGAUGAUAGGCCAUCCAACGAACCCAAGGUGCCAGAUGCAUCGCCACAACUUCAGCGGAAUGGCGCAUCUUUGUCGCGCAUCCACGAGGAGCGUCAGUCUGGCUAUACCUCGGAGGACUUGCCCGACAGAACUUGCUCAAGCCAACCCCGAGACUCUCCUAACUCCCGGAGGACUCCGAGGAAAUUGCAGCUGUCUGGGAGCCAGCGAAGGCUCUUGGUGUUAGCCCGUCUCUUGCUGCACCGACGAAGAGCUCGGCUCGUCUUGCUCGACGAGCCCUUCGCUGGAAUGGAGCAGAACGAGGUCACGCCGCUUCACAGCAUGCUGAAAAAGCAGCUGGGCCAUGCGGCCAUGCUGGUGGUCACCCAUAGGCUUCUCCCAGUGCUUCAUUUCUUCUCUCGCAUUCUGGUCUUCGAAGAGGGUCGGUGCGUACAGGAUGCGCCACCUGCAGCAGCUUUAGCAGAUGACGGUCACCUUCGGCAACUCUUCUUGCAGGCUCCGAGCCGACUCCAGGGGCAUGUGGAGCGCAUGUUGGCGUUGAGACGAUCAGAGGGCCUGCAUGCAGUUCAUACCUUGCUCCAGUCUGUGAACCUGAGCACUGGACAAAGUGAGCCAGAGCUGAUCUUCCAGGACGAGGGCGAAUCGGCCUCUGCCAGUCCCCGGACACCGACGGAGCAAGAAAACAGCGGACACCGGACCUUGCGCGAGUGGGACUGACCGGUGUCCCCGGGACCGGUGGGUGAGGUGUUUCUUCUUGGACAAAUCCACGGCUCCUAUUGGUCCG